AUGAAAUAACCAAAUUAAAUGUUGAUUCGAUGGAUUACCAUAACAAGAUCGAAGAACUUAAUUCAAGACAAGAUAAAGUUAUCAAUGAUUUACAUGGAGAAGAGGGGGUUGAAAAGCUUUGUACAGAUAUCCUUGAAUACUGUUUCUACGAUUCAUGGGCAGUCCUAUUGAGUAUAAUUAAGAUGCAAAAACUGGUUUCAUACCGAUUAGAUGUGAUGAUUUAUAACUGUGAAUACGCACAACCAUUCCAUGGUGGUAAAACAAGCAUGUUGAACUGUCUUAUAGCUAAGGAGUAUAAUAAGAAACAUAAUGACAAGCCGGUAUCGUACGGUAUCAAAGAUAAGAAGAAAUUUCAAGGUGCGGAGGUAAUCGACCCAGAGACCAGGUAUUACAUGGAUCCUAUUUAUGUACUUGAUUUUGCAAGUUUGUACCCGUCGAUAAUGCAUGAAAACAAUAUGGGACCUGAUACGCUUAGGUAUGAAAAGCCCAAUGAGAAACAUCGAGUGGUACAUCUCAUAGACAAUAACAUGGGAAUAAAUCAGGAUAUAUACUUUAUCCAUGAGGAUACCCAAGAAAGCAUCAUACGAAACAUUCUCACGGAUCUGAUAAAAAAAAGAAAAGAAGCCAAGAAAGAGCGUGACAAGUAUAUUGGGAUCAAUGAUGUGAUGUAUAAUAUACUAGAACAAAAGCAACUUGCGUAUAAAGCAUCAGCAAAUGCAUUAUACAGAGGCCUAGGUUCACCAUAUCUCAGUAUUGCUGUACUAGUGAUAUCACAGUGUGUGACCUUUGUUGCUCGAGAACUGAUAAAAACUUUAAAAAAAUUUAUAGAAUCGUAUCACACUGGGGAAUAUAGAGAUGACCAUAACAUGAUCUGUGACGAAACCAGUGAGGUAAUCUAUGGAGACACAGAUUCUUGCCUAGCACGAUUACCAAAGCAUAUCUUACAUUAUAUACUUGAAAAGUACUACGGUCAUUUGAAAUACAUAGAGUUGAAUAAUGGUUUGGUAAAGAAAUAUGAAGAACUUAUAUUCAAGAUGUAUGAUGAGCUUACCAAAGAGGGAAGCAUAUUUG